CUCUUCACUGUCCCCAAAAUGGCGAACGUUGCAUCCGCCGCUGCUGUGGCUGCAGCUGCGGCCGCUGCUGCGAACCGAGAUCCAGCUGUUGACCGCUCAUUGCGAUCAGUAUUCGUGGGAAACAUUCCUUAUGAAGCCACAGAGGAGCAGCUCAAAGACAUCUUUUCUGAAGUGGGACUUGUCGUUAGCUUCAGGUUAGUAUAUGACAGGGAGACGGGGAAGCCGAAGGGAUAUGGCUUCUGUGAAUAUCAGGACCAGGAGACAGCCCUCAGCGCAAUGCGCAACCUGAACGGGAGAGAGUUCAGCGGUCGAGCCCUCCGUGUUGACAAUGCAGCCAGCGAGAAAAACAAAGAGGAGCUCAAAAGUCUGGGAACGGGAGCACCCAUUAUUGAAUCUCCGUACGGAGACAACGUCCAGCCAGAGGAAGCUCCAGAGUCCAUCAGCAGAGCUGUGGCCAGUCUGCCCCCGGAGCAGAUGUUUGAACUCAUGAAACAGAUGAAGCUGUGCGUGCAAAACAGUCCGCAGGAGGCAAGAAACAUGCUGCUGCAGAACCCGCAGCUGGCCUACGCUCUGCUGCAGGCCCAAGUGGUGAUGCGGAUUGUCGACCCCGAGAUCGCCUUGAAAAUGCUCCAUCGUCAAACUGCAACUCAGCCUCUGAUUCCCAGCGCACAGGGCGGAGGAGCGCCGCCGGUGAACACGCCGCAAACGCAGUCCACCGUGCCGCAGUCCCAGCCGCAGCCUGUGCCUGGAAUGCACGUCAACGGAGCCCCUCAGAUGAUGCAGCCCCCCAACAUGGGAGUGGUUCCCGGACCGAUGGCCGUAGCAGGGCCAGGACCCGGACCGGUUGGGCCACCAGGACCGGGCGGCAUCCCCCCCAGAGGCCUGCUGGGAGACGGGCCCAAUGACCCCCGAGGAGGGACCCUGCUGUCCGUCACCGGAGAGGUCAUAGACCCCAACCGGGGAUACAUGGGAGCUCCUCCGCCACAUCAGGCUCCCCCCGUGCACAUGCCCCAGAUGGCAGGAGGCCCUCCUCCAGACAUGCGAGGCCCCCCGAUGGACAUGAGGGGCCCACCCAUGGGUGAACCGCGGAACAUGAUGGGCGACCCCAGAGGGCCCCCGAUGAUGGAGCCGCGGGCCCCGCCCAUGGAGACCAGAGGUCGUGACCCGCGAGCGAUGGACGCCCGCGGCCCGGUGGCGGUGCAGAGGGUUCCCAUUGCGGCGGGCAUGCCGGGACCCGUCCCUCACAACUUGGGUCCAAACGCAAAUCCAGCCGCACGGCCGGGUCCUGGUAUCGCUGGUGUUCCCCCAUCAGGAGGGGGCUUCAGCCCGGGGCAGGGGCAGGUCUCCACUCAAGACCAGGAGAAGGCUGCCCUGAUCAUGCAGGUCCUGCAGCUCACCCCCGAACAGAUCGCCAUGCUGCCCCCGGAGCAGCGGCAGAGCAUCCUCAUCCUUAAAGAGCAGAUCCAGAAGACCGCAGGAGGAGCGCCGUGACGCUCCGAGCAGCAAAGGAGCCAGUGGAUCGAGCUAAAAGCACCACGAACCAGCCUGAAAACAUCUCAGCCCGGAAUAGUGUAUAGUUUUGUUUUAAUAAUUUGUUUUGUAUUAGUGUGAAGCUGGUUCAGUGUCAAAAAUAACACAUUUGGGAGGAUGCUAUGCUGGUCUCGAACGGAUUCAAGUCUUUCCUCCACCAAAACCAGCCUGUCAUCGUUACAGUGAUGGAAAAAGUUUUUCGUCAAUAAAAACCACACUCAAUG